UGAACGAUACAGAAAUGAUUGUCAUCCCGAAGGACUACUUUUCUGCAGGACAGAAAACUGACAAAUCUAACGUCAAUGUCGUGGCACACAAUGUGGUUUCUUGUUCGCAUCAUUUGUAGAUACAAUUACAAGGGAAAUGGUACAAAAGGAAUAAGGAAACUUGGUGAUGAUAAAUCAAACAUCAUCCGUAAAGUAAAUCAACUUAUCCUUGAAAUUUGUGAUUCGGUUUGUGCAAAGAUCCAACGACAAAGAAAUUAAAACUGGUGAGAAUUGUCGGUCAGGAAACAUGACUAAUAUAUAGAAAGAGAUUGUGAAUAUUAUAUUAAUUUUAAUAUAUAUUUUAAAGAACAAAUAUUUUUCUCAAUUAAAUAGUCAUAGGAAUAAUGCAAUAAAUUGUUUGAUAUGCAAACCAUUACAUAAUGCUGGGAGAUAGAUUGUUAUUUUGCAAGUAUAUCGUUCUUUCGGUAUAGAAAAAUUUCUUCAUUGUCUUGCAAAUUUCCAGUCACAAAACGCCUAAAAUGUAAAAAAGCUUAUUCAUUAAUGCACGCGAAAAAAGCAUAAACAUCAUCCUUUUUGUAUCUUUCCUUUUUGCGAAAAGAUGAGGAAAAAAGAACAACAUAAUAAUACUCAACCGCACGUGGUUAAAGGUAUAAAAAAUCAAAUAUUAUUUGUAUAGGAAACGAUGGAAAUAUCAACCUUAUAUUAAGGGACGUUGGAAUCAUAAACCAUAUUUGAAUUGAAUGUACAAUGACAAAUAUGUAAAAACACGUCAUUAAUAUAUA